GAGCAGUUCAGCCCUCCGGAGAUCGCGCCGCCGCUGCUGGUGAAGCUGGUGGAAGCUAUCGAGAAGAAAGGGUUAGACAGCGAGAUGUUGUACAGGACAUCUGGCUCCGAACUGAGGCAAGCGCUGAGAACCGAGAUCCCCCAGCCGGAGAAUUGCCGGAAGCAGCUGCUGCUGGCCUUGGAGUCGCCUGCGGUCCCGCUCCAGAACACGCUCACCCUGCAGUUCCUGCUCCGGCAUCUGGGGAAGGUAUCGCAGCAGGCUGAGAGCAACAGCCUCCACCCUCGUGCCCUGGGAGAGAUCUUCGGCCCCCUUCUCCUCCGGCUGCCCGGCGCCAGCCCAGAGCUGAGCCCUGACUUCUCGGUGCUGUUUCUGGAGAUACUUCUGCAGACAAAGGAGCUGGAGCCGGAACAGUUGCCUCCAGCCUUGCCUCCAAAACCACCUAAGCCAAAGCCCAGCGCGGCCAGCCUGGCCAACGGGAACAGCGUGCCCUUGCAGGACGCCGAGUGGUACUGGGGUGACAUUUCCCGGGAGGAGGUGAACGAGAAGCUACGAGACACACCAGAUGGAACCUUCUUGGUGCGCGAUGCCUCCAGCAAGAUCCAGGGGGAAUACACGCUCACGCUCAGGAAGGGAGGUAACAACAAGCUGAUCAAGAUCUUUCACCGGGAAGGGAAGUAUGGCUUCUCAGAGCCCCUGACUUUUGGCUCGGUGGUGGAGCUCAUCACCCAUUACCGGCACGAGUCGCUCGCCCAGUACAACGCCAAGCUGGACACCAGGCUGCUCUACCCCAUCUCCAAGUACCAGCAGGACCAAGUGGUGAAAGAGGACAGCGUGGAAGCCGUGGGGGAGCAGCUGAAGGUCUAUCACCAGCAGUACCAGGACAAGAGCUGGGAGUACGACCUGCUGUACGAGGAGUACACACGCACUUCGCAGGAGCUGCAGAUGAAGAGGACGGCGAUCGAGGCCUUCAACGAGACGAUCAAGAUCUUUGAGGAGCAGUGUCAGACGCAGGAGAAAUGCAGCAAGGAGUACAUCGAGCGCUUCCGGCGGGAAGGCAACGAGAAGGAGGUGCAACGGAUCCUCAUGAACUCGGAGAAGCUCAAGUCUCGCAUCACUGAGAUCCACGAUAGCAAGAUGAAGCUGGAACAGGACCUGAAGAAACAAGCCUCGGAGAACCGGGAGAUCGACAAGCGCAUGAACAGCCUCAAGCCAGACCUCAUGCAGCUGCGCAAACUGCGGGACCAGUAUUUGGUGUGGCUGACGCAGAAGGGUGCCCGGCAGAAGAAAAUCAACGAGUGGCUGGGCAUCAAGAACGAAACAGAGGACCAGUACUCCAUGAUGGAUGACGAGGAGGAGCUGCCCCACCACGAGGAGCGGACGUGGUACGUGGGGAAGAUCAACCGCUUGCAGGCAGAAGAGAUGCUGUGCGGCAAGCGAGACGGCACCUUCCUGAUCCGCGAGAGCAGCCAGAAGGGAUGCUACGCCUGCUCCGUGGUGGUGGACGGUGACACCAAGCACUGCGUGAUCUACAAAACGGCGACGGGCUACGGGUUCGCUGAACCCUACAACCUCUACGCCUCCCUCAAGGACCUGGUCUUGCACUACAAGCACACGUCCCUGGUGCAGCACAAUGACUCCCUGAAUGUCACGCUGGCUCACCCGGUCCUUUCCCAGCCGCCGGCCAGAUGAGCAGCCCGUGCACAACACAACAGCUGCCUUCAGCUUCUCCCCAGGGCGCUGCUUUCUGGCUCUGGACUCUCGCACCCUGUAUAGUCGAGUCUCUGUGCUCCUGCCCCUC